AUGGGAGAUAAAGGCUUAGUUGAAUGGGAGAUUAUUGGAACCAGGCCAAAGGCCCAAGGUUUUGUUUGCUCACUUUUCCUCCUAAUUCUGAUCAAGUUCUUCCACAAGGUAUGGUGGACUCCAAUCUACAUUCAAUAUGUCAUGAGGUCUCAAGGAGUCAAAGGCCCUUCUUAUGAAUUCUUCCAUGGAAACAACAAAGAGAUGAUUAACCUGAAAAAAAUAUCCAUGAUCCGUCCCAUGGACUUGUCACAUGACAUAUUUUCCAGGAUUCAGCCUCACAUGUACUCGUGGAUCAAGCAAUAUGGGAAGCAUUUUCUUUUUUGGAAUGGUCCUCAAGCUCAAUUGGUUGUUACUGAACCUGAGCUAAUAAAAGAGAUACUAAGCAAUAAAAAUGGUGCAUUUCCAAAAAUUAAACUCCAAAGUCAUGCGAAGAAGUUAAUAGGAGAUGGGCUCGUGGUUACAGAAGGUAAAAAAUGGUCAAAGCUACGCAAACUGGCAAACCAUGCUUUCCAUGCUGAGAGUUUGAAGGUUUUNUUGUUACUGAACCUGAGCUAA